CGUGGUUCUAGUUUGUACUAUAAUUGUGUUGUCAACAACAACACUCAUACUAUUUCAUUUACAAAUUUUAGUACCGUAUAUAUGUACAUACAAAAAUGUCAUAUCAGACAUUCACAGGUGAUUUAAAAAGUGAAGUGGAUAGUAGCUAUACUGUCUGUAAUAAUAGCAAUAAAGAAAUUGUGAACGAAGAAGCAUUCAACCUUAAUGAAUUCGGAAUUCUUGACGGAGAUGCGAAGAAAGAAAGUGACGAUUCGCAUUCUCGAACUCAAUUAGAUGCAAUGAAGGAAGAAAAACUUGAUACUUCUGAAAAUAAUUUAAACUGCACGAAGCAGACAAUUCAAUACGAUUCUACAUAUUCAGAAAGUCAGAAUCUUAAGCAGGAAUUAAACUCUAUAAAACAUGUAGAAAAUCCAACGAAUAACUUGCUUAAAUAUAGUAAUCAAAAUUCUAUUACCGAGAAAGAACGUGAUAAAAAGGUUUCUGUCGAAAUAAUGUCAAAUAAAAGAACACGAUUCACGAAGGAGUUAACCGGACAAAUCGACGCUAAUCCAUUUUUAGAAAAAGAAACUAGUGAUGUUGGCGAACAUUUCAAUGAGGUACAAGAAAGUUCAGAAAAGAUGUUUUUCACAGAAUCCCCAGAGAUACUUGCAGAAAGUAUUACUGUAAACGUUGAAGAAACCCAGUCCGAUGCUUUUCAGAGCAUAGAUGCAGUAGGGACCGAGGUAACGAGUAAAUCCACAAUUGAGAAUUUCAAAAUUUGUCAAAACGGAGAAAACACAAAUCAGAGUGAUGAUAUAAUUCAAAGAGACGUAAAAAAAAUGAAGCUAAAUCGAGUUGCCGUUAAUUCGAAUGAUCAUACAAACUUAGCAAUAUCGUGUGACAAAACCGCAGAUAAGACUAAGCCUCACGAGGGGAGUAAAAACAAGCUUGAACUACAAAAAUGCAUGAAGGAUCCACGAGAAGAAGUUGAACUAAAAGAACACGGAAAAACAAAAUUUGCACCUACUGAAAUCCUGAACUCAGAAUCAGAUUUAUACAAACGUUCCGCUUCAAAUAUUAGUAAAGAGAUGAGGGAAGACCCAACGGUAAACAUCGAAAAGGAAAAAUACACGGACUCAAAUAAUGCUACAGAUGAUCAAAAAAAAAAAAGAGUAAACACUCCAGUUGAAAAAAACAAUAAUAAUAAUAUUAUACAAACUGAUACUCGUGACAAAAUACAUAGUUACAAACGCAACAAAAAAAAAAAUGGAUGCAGUGAUGAUAAGGUUAAUAAGGAAAAACAUGUACAAGUUGAUGAGAAGGGUCAAAAAAUUGUUAAAAACUGUCUGAGUGAUACUGAAAAUGAUCGUCAUUGCGUUAAAAAAAAUGGAAAGGGGGAAAAAAAGAAAUUCGAUAUUGUUGAUGAACAAGAAGAAGGCGUCGAACUAAAGGUGAAAAGUAGGCAGAAAGACAACGAAACGGUUCGGGAAGAAGAAAAAGGGGAAAGUCUUGUUGAAGAAACUGAAGUAAGUACUGAAGAAGAAGAAGAAGAAGACCAAGAAGAACAAGAAACUGAAGAAGAAGCUGCAGAGGAAGCUGAAGAAGAAGCUGCAGAGGAAGCUGAAGAAGAAAUUGAAGAACAAGCUGAAGAAGAAACUGAAGAACAAGCUGAAGAAAAAGCUGAAGAACAACCUGAAGAACAAGCUGAAGAAGAACAGCAAUACCCUGUAGAUGAGUUUGAAGACACGGAUGAAAAAGGAGAAUAUAUGGAUCAAGGCGAUGAAGAGGAGGAAGAGGAUGACGAUGAAGAAACGGGUCAUGAUGUUGAUGAGACGUUACAAGGGUUUAUAGUUAACGAAAUACCGGCCAACGAAGUUCCGAGUGAUCAUUACGAGGAGGAUGAGGAAGAAAUUUUAACCUUAGAUGAAGAUGAUUUAGAAUUAAUAGCUGAGAAUACUGGAGCUCCCGCGAUUAAGACCCACAAAUCAAAAAGAUCAAAAUUUAGACGGCUUAAGCGAUUUGUGGACGACUAUACGAGUGACGAUGACAACGAAAAAUCUCAGGACGUUGAGCUAAAAACGUCAGUUAUAAAAGAGAAAACGAAAUCAAGAAUGUCUUCGUUAGAAGAACAAGAAGAUUUAAGUGAUUUGUACGGGGAUAAUGAUGAUUUGAGUCUUUCUGAUGAUAAGUCAGUUUCUGAUAUGAGUGACUAUGGAGUAGACAUAGAAGUUUCGUCUUUGAUUCGAAAUAUUUUCGGAGAUGUACGUACUGUGUUUGAAAUAUUAGGAAGGCGCCGACGCGUUACAAAUGAUGAUUAUUCUUACGAAUACAAAGCUGCAUACGAGAAAAAUUGUCGCUCCAUCACAACGAAUUCGUUAAACUCGAAAAAUUCACUACUGGGUGGAGAAGCACCCUUGCAGUUACGAUCAGAAAAAAAUUCUGGAGAAACGGAAGGAGGUCUGAAUUGUGACUCUGACUCAAUGUUGUGGCAAUUAGACAAACCGGAACGUCAUUCUCACCGUUACAAAUUAAGGAAAGCACAUUAUACAGAUGACGAACUAAAAAGGGAGGCGGAAUGGAUAAGCUUGCAAUUAGUGUCUAACAGUCCUAUACAUUUUGUGAAUCAUGAUCCUUUUUCUUUAAAAAAAAUUUAUCAAAGCACAUUUGGAGCGAAAAGUAAUUACUACGAUCCUGAAACGACAUCAGUUAUUGAGGAUAUUGAGGAGAAAAUUUGCUUGUUUUUAUAUUUCCUACUCAAUGAACAUCUUGAGGUGCCAGUAAUAAUGCUGCAUCAUGGGCAUCGUCUAUGUCCUCCACUAAAUGAGCGUUUCGCAUGGUAUAUUGUGGAAAUGGAUCAACAAUGGUCAUCCUUGUCUAAAGAAGCUCAGUUUGUGUCAAAUCUUCUUGCUCGACUACCAAAGGAGGAUCCAGAUAUUAGUAUUCUUACUGAAAAAAUAAAUAAUUUUAAAAAUGAACAAGACGUUGAGGAUGUCCGGCAUUAUAUUAGUUUCUAUUACUCUGAUUUAGCCUUUAAUGAUUCAAUACGAAAAGGACGGAAACAAGCCUCUUCAUUUACAGGAGUGUCUUGGAAUGAUAGCCAGCAUUACGGAAUUGAAAAAAAUUGGACACCAUUUUUAUUAACUCCUUCGGAGCUUGCAAAAAACAUUGAAAUGUCGGAGGUAUUCACGAACUUAAUAGCCUCUCGCUUCACGGUAACAAACACAGAUUUAAACGUAGAAAAAUUACCAUUUAGAGAGCCACCUUUAGUUGACCAAUCAAUGGAAAGCUUAAAUUCAUGGCUCUCUUCACUUGUAGUUGGACCAUUUAAUUCAAGUUCCAGAGUUUUAGAGGCGAUUUUGUCCUUAGAAUCACGAAAGCUUUCGGUUUCUGUUCAAAUACGCGAACUGCUGCGGCGCUGGUUUUACAAUGUUGCGGCAAUUACUACGGUAUUAACCCCUGUUGGAGAAAACAUUGUAAAUUUAGGUCAUCGAACGUGGGCAGCCCUUAAUUUACGAAGAAAGCCGGUAAAAGAAUUAAUUAGCUUUGCGUUGAAAUUCGACGAAGAAGCGAGUACAUAUGACGAGUACCGUCAUCAGCUUACCCAAAAAGAAUACAUUUGCCGCAAAGCUACAGCGUUUUUGGAUAUUCUAGACGCUGAAUCGAAAGGUCAUGUGACUCUUAUUAUUCAUCCUGUUGGAGAAAAUGAAGUUCUCCCCUGGAGAGACGAUUCCGAUUCUCUUGCAUUAUCAGUUUAUAAAAAAAAUGAUUUGUUACUGUUGGAUACACAAUCAUAUGAUAAGAUGGACGCGGAAACUUUAAAUACACUUAUUGAUAUCUUAACUAAUCUUUACGUAAUAUCGCCAACAUCAAUAUGGGCAACAGAAGUUCAAAAAAAAAUUUUAAAACGUUUAGUUUUUAACGAACUAAUUAAAUUUUUCAGAAAAGAAUUAAGAAAACGAUUACAGUGCCGAGCUGAAGAUUGUGUUGCUUUUUUGUGCUAUGAUUCUCUUAAGUAUCGACUUAGUUUACAAUCUUAUAGGAAUCAAAAAGGAAAAUCGUUCCGCGACCGAAAGAAUAUUUCUAACAAUAAACUAUCGAAUUAUUCAGAUUCAGAUUCGUCAGCUUCUUCAAAAGAUGUGGACGCAUUGUCAGAUGAACAAAGAGAUUUCUCGUUGUACACGUCACCCCGCGUGUGUGGUCUUAUUGUGCACGAAGAAGGAACAACAAUAGAUAUCCACGUGUUGUGCGUUGAUCGUAACGGUUUUCCAACACACUUUGCGCGUAUCAAUUCUUUUUCUGUCGCUGAUCGCAUGACUGCUAGACCACCAUUAACCGGUGUUCACUGGAAAACAGACGAAUCUCGGAAAAAAAUGUUGCAAGAGUUUCUUGAGAAAUCUGCCUGCGAGGUUGUGGUUAUAGGAGUGUCCGGAUUCUCAUGUCGCUAUAUAAAAACAAUUGUAGCGUCGCUUCUUAAGGAAAUGAGCAAAAAAUCCCGAUUUGACAUAUUAUUUGGGUCCUUAGAAAUCGCUCACUUAUAUGUUACUUCAACUCUGUGUUCAAAGGAGCAUAAAAGAGCAUACGGAAUAGAAGGCUGCCAAGCUAUUGCGAUUGCUCGGUUUAUACAAGAUCCAUUGUCCAGCUACGUACAGUUAUGGCAUGAAGAUUCAACAAGCACUAAUUUAUUACAUUACUUGCGUUAUCACCCAUCCCAACAUCUGAUACCUCCUGAACGGCUACAAAAUGUUUUAGAGCAAGCCAUCGUUACAGCAGUCGCUUCUGCAGGGGUGGACAUAAAUUUAAUACGGAACAAACCUCAUAUGCAAUGUUUGUUAAAAUUUGUACCUGGUUUAGGACCGAAAAAAGCAGAAUGUAUCAUGUUUAACAUGAAUAAAACUUUAACAUGUCGAUCAGAACUACUAAAACUAGAACUAACGAACACUUCAAAAACAAAUUUAAAAAAUGCUUCAAAUUCUUUUUACAAUAAUUCCGAUUCUUCUGCACAAAUUGUAGGCCCUGUGGUAUUUAACAAUUGCGCUAGCUUCAUUCGUAUAAGUCGCUCGAUCUGCUGGGGUAAAGAAAGUGCAGAUCCAUUAGCUUGCACGCGAAUACAUCCCACUUAUAGCUACAGUAAUGCAUACAAAACGGCUCGCGACGCCUUUGAACAUGUCAAGCGGCUUACUCCCCAAGAUUGUGCAAUUUCUGUUAUGCGCAACCCUAGAUGUUUAGAUGAAUUGGACCUCGAAGAAUAUUCGUACAUUUUGGAGUCAAGGAACCAACCUCGUAUGUUACCUCAUGUAGAAAUGAUAAGAAAGGAACUUGAAAGUCCAUUCCACGAUUCACGGCAUCCUUUUCAAGAACCUGUAAAAGAAGAUUUGUUUUAUCUUUUUACUAAGGAGAAUUCUUUUGAAUUUCGACCAGGAACAGAGGUUCUCGCACAUGUCGUUGAUACGCGAAGCAAGGGCGCAGUUACUUUUAUAAUUCCUCCGUCAAACGUUGUAGGGAACGCCACGGACUCCGAUGAAUAUGUAUCGCAAGAAAGUAGUAGCAAUAGGAAUUAUUCUUCCAAACAUGAAUUUUCCUUUACAAAAUCUUCUCAAGUCGUUUUAGCAUUGGGAAACCUUAUAUCAUGUUACAUAAAAAGUAUCGAUUUUUCACAUUUUUCCGUAGAACUUGUUCUGUCUGAUAAAAAUUCGGCUAGAUUUUUAUCUAGUUUACUUUUCUUACAAAACCCAGGGUUAGUUUCCCCUUGUUAUACUUUUGAAAGGAUUUUAUCGUAUAUUUGCCAACACAAAAGAAAAAGAGGGUUGUCAGCGUCAAUGGAGGAAAAAAAAAAACCUUAUCGUUUCUCGUCAUUCAAGCGAAUCGAUCAUCCAAGAUUUAGACUAACCUCACCAUCCAAAGCAGCUUAUGAAUUAAAGCAUGGUAAUAUAGGAGAAGCGCUUAUUACACCCUUUGAGAAAUCACAUAACGUGUAUAUCCUUACGAUAAAAGUGUGUACGGAUCCUCUCAUGAUGAAAACAGUACAUAUACAGGAAAAUUAUUUAAAUGAUAAAGGUUAUAAAGUUGGAAGCAAAUUUUAUGUUGAUAUUGAUUUAAUAUUUGGGGAGUAUGUGGAGGGGUUAAGGAUUAACCUCAAUGAAACAUUUUCUUUCGAGAAAUAUUACAAUGGACGCGAUGUUAAAGAAGUCGAAAAUAUUUUAGUUACAAAGCAAAGAUCAAAAGAGUCAUCAUCUGGUGUAUCAAACAUUGAAUGGGGAAUCACGAUUGACUCCAAUUAUCCAAUGAAUCAUCCUGGCGUCCGUUUUCAUUUAAUCGCAAUUACUUCAAAUAAAUCGUCUAAACAGAUUCCGGGAACCUACGCAGUUUUGAAAGACGGUAUAUACGUAACGUCAGAAGGUUUCAAGCUAUGGAACCAAAAAGAAGUAUCUCUUCGUCAACUAACUAACUGGUGGAAAACCCGCGGUUUUUUCCAGAGAGCUAAAUUAAUUAACGAAUAUAAUUUGACUAAGAGAAAUAUGGUCAAAAAUAAGAAUAGUACUUCAAGACGGGUAAAUUAAAAAUUACAUUAAUUACAAUGCUUUUUUAAAAAAGCGGGAAAUUUACAUUUUUUUAAAAUAAUUUAAUUGAAGGAAUUCAUUUUUUUUUUUAAAGCUUCUACUUAGCUUUUAAAAUGGAAACGAUGAAAAUUUGUUUGUAUUCAUGGCGUAUGGCACUUAACGUUUAUUGAACAAACCUGAAGUUUUUUUUU